AUGGAUCAAGAAAUUGCAGCAUUAGAAAAUUCCAAAACUUGGGCUUUGACUGAUCUACCUUAUGGAAAGCAACCUAUCAGAUAUGAUAUAGUCUUGGCAGGUGAUAACAUCCAGGAAAUCCAAAAUGUGAAGGCUCUAUUGAAUGCAAAGUUCAAGAUUAAAGACCUAGGCCAACUCAAGUAUAUUUUGGGCUUAGAAAUUGCUAGAUCUCAACAGGGCAUUAAUUUGUCACAAAGGAAGUAUGCUUUAGAGUUACUAGAAGAUGCAGGAUUGUUGGGAUGUCAACCUGUUUCUACUCCCAUACAGCUAGGCACAAAAUUUUCCAAGACAGAAGGGAAACCCUAUUCCAAUGUGCAUGCCUAUAGAAGACUUCUUGACAGGUUAUUAUAUCUAACCAACACAAGACCAAACUUAUCUUUUGUUGUUAGUACUCUCAGUCAAUUUCUUUCCAAUCCUUUGGAAGAUCACUAUGCAGUAGUAAUAAGGAUCUUGAGAUAUAUCAAGAGCAAUCCAGGACAAGGAUUACUCUUUCCCUCAAACACAGAACAUGCUAUCAAGGCUUUUAGUGAUUCUUAUUGGGCUGCUUGCCCUGACACUAGAAGGUCUGUAAUUGGGUUUAAUGUGUUCUAUGGUGCAUCCUUAAUCAGUUGGAAAUCUGAGAAGCAAGUUCCUCUGUUUUAUGACAAUCAAUCUGCUAUACAAAUUGCACAAAAUCCAGCCAUGCAUGAGAGGACAAAACAUAUUGAAAUUGAUUGUCAUCUCAUAAGGGAUAAAGUUCAAGCUGGUGUAAUUAAGCUCUUGCCUAUUUCUACUUCAGUCCAACUUGCAGACAUUCAUACUAAAGCUUUGCAUCUAGCACAAUUUUAA